UUUGGUUCUGGCCAAUCAGAGCGCAGCAGUGCUCGCCGUGUGUUAGCGAUGGCCGUCUGAGCGUCUCGCGCUGGGAUUUUUAGGAAUAAAGCGACAGAAAUUCAGGGUGUCGGGUGGCCCGCAGGUGAGCAAUGGGCGAGAUCGAGGGCUCGUAUCGCGUCCUGCAGACCCCCGGUACUCGCCUGGGCGCCCAGGCCAAUGUGGGGAUCAGUACCCUGGAGCCGGGGCAGAGCCUGAGCACCGCCCUGGCCUCUGGCAGCAAGGGCCCAAGCAGGGGGCUGCAGAUCCGGGUUCAAGGGCUGGACAACACGCAGGAGAUCUACGACACGGAGUCCAAGUCUGAUGGCCAAAGUCUGCUGACAGAGGUGUUCAAGCGGUUCAAUAUCAUUGAGAGUGACUACUUCGGCCUCGAGUAUCAGAACCUGCAGAUGAACUGGAUGUGGUUGGAGCCAUUGAAACUCGUUGUAAAACAAGUCAGAAGGCCCAAGAACACCCUCUUCAGGCUGUCUGUGAAGUUCUUCCCUCCAGACCCUGGUCAGCUGCAGGAGGAGUAUACCAGAUACCUGUUCGCCCUCCAGAUGAAGAGAGACCUGACGGAAGGCAGGCUAACCUGCACUGAGAACACCGCCGCCCUGCUGGCCUCUCACCUGCUGCAGUCGGAAAUUGGAGAUUACGAUGACAUGGCUGACCGAGAGUACCUGAAACUUAACAAGCUGCUGCCCAACCAAGAGAGAGUACAGGAGAAGAUCAUGGAGUUCCACCGAAGACACGUGGGCCAGACUCCAGCCGAGUCAGACUUCCAGGUGCUGGAGAUAGCCCGGAAGCUGGAGAUGUAUGGGGUGCGUUUUCACCCGGCCGCUGACCGCGAGGGAACCAAAAUCAACCUGUCUGUGGCUCACAUGGGACUGCAGGUCUUCCAGGGCAAUACAAAGAUCAACACCUUCAACUGGUCCAAGAUUCGCAAACUGAGUUUCAAGCGGAAGAGGUUCUUGAUCAAGCUGCACCCUGAGGUUCAUGGUCCCCAUCAGGACACGCUGGAGUUCCUAAUGGCCAGUCGCGACCAGUGUAAGGUGUUCUGGAAGAACUGUGUGGAGUACCACACUUUCUUCCGCCUGUUUGACCAGCCAAAGCCCAAGUCCAAAGCCAUCCUCUUCAGCAGAGGUUCCUCCUUUAGAUAUAGUGGGAGGACACAGAAACAGCUGGUGGAGUAUGUGAGGGACAGUGGAGCUCGGAGAACACCAUACCAGAGGAGGAACAGCAGAGUUCGUAUGUCCACUCGCUCGCUGGCUCCUGACGUGCCAAAACAGAGUCUGUCAUUCAGCGAAAGCCUCAGGGUCCCCGGCUCCCCUUCUUCAGCCACCAUCUCCUUCCACUCCCUGCACGCCGCCAGCACCCCCCCGCAGCCCGAGCCGCAGCCUGCCCGCCCACCCAGCCCCCCGAAGGAGGACUCCGCCCCGGCUGCCCCCCCGCCCCACUACGCCUUCCAAGGGAUGUCCAUGGACAGUCCACAGCUCUCGCCCUAUGCCAUCAAGAGCCCCCUCAGCCUCUCACCCUCCUUCCAGAUGUCCACGCUGAGCCUCCCCGGUCAGGCCCCCUCACCCCUGCAGAGCCCCGUCCUGAGUGAGGGGGGCAAUGCCAGGCUGGAGGAAGAGGAGGAGGGCAGAAGGAAGAGGUAUCCGGCUGACAAGGCUUACUUUAUUGCCAAAGAGAUUCUCACCACAGAGCGCACCUACCUGAAGGACCUGGAGGUUAUAACGGUGUGGUUUCGCAGCGCUGUGAUAAAGGAGAAUGCCAUGCCCGAAGGUCUGAUGACCCUGCUGUUCUCCAACAUUGACCCCGUUUACGAGUUCCAUCGAGGAUUCCUGAAGGAGAUUGACCAGAGGCUGGCUCUCUGGGAGGGACGCUCCAAUGCCCAUGUGAAAGGGGACUACCAGAGGAUUGGGGACGUCAUGCUGAGGAACAUGUGUGCACUAAAGGAAUUCACCAGCUACCUGCAGAAGCACGACGAAGUCCUGACGGAGCUGGAGAAGGCCACCAAGCGUUUGAAGAAGCUGGAGACGGUGUACAAGGAAUUCGAGCUGCAGAAGGUGUGCUACUUACCCCUCAACACCUUCCUGCUCAAGCCCAUCCAGCGCCUCAUGCACUACAAGCUCAUUCUGGAGAGGCUGUGCAAGCACUACUCUCCCGAGCACAGGGACUACAAAGACUGCAAGGAGGCCCUCAAGGAGGUAGCCGAGAUGGCCGCCCAGCUCCAGAGCAGCCUGAUCCGGCUGGAGAACUUCCAGAAGCUCACAGAGCUGCAGAGGGACCUGAUUGGCAUCGACAGCCUCAUAGCUCCUGGGAGGGAGUUUAUCAGGGAGGGCUGUCUGUACAAGCUGACCAAAAAAGGGCUGCAGCAGAGAAUGUUCUUCUUGUUCUCCGAUAUGCUCCUGUACACCAGUAAAGGGGUCACGGCCACCAACCAGUUCAAAGUGCAUGGCCAGUUACCGCUGCAUGGCAUGAUUCUCAUAGUGUUGGAUGCACCGGUAGAGGAGAGCGAGAACGAGUGGUCGGUGCCUCACUGCUUCACCAUCUACUCCGCGCAGCGCACGAUUGUGGUGGCCGCGAGCUCCAAAGUGGAGAUGGGGAAAUGGAUUGAGGACCUGAACAUGGCAAUCGAUAUGGCCAAGAAAUCCCAGGAGAAGUCAGAGUUCUUCCUGGACAGCAGCCUGUGUGACCGAUCUAACAGGUCCUCAGACGAAGUGUCUCUGGAGCAGGAGUCGGAGGAUGACACAAACUCGUCGCGCAGCUCUCUAGACAAGCAGACGCACCACCGCGCCAACACCACCAUGCACGUGUGCUGGCACCGCAACACCAGCGUCUCCAUGUCUGACCACAGCCUAGCCGUGGAGAACCAGCUCUCCGGCUACCUGCUGAGGAAGUUCAAGAACAGCAAUGGCUGGCAGAAGCUGUGGGUGGUCUUUACCAACUUCUGCCUGUUCUUCUACAAGACACACCAGGAUGACUUCCCCUUGGCCAGUCUCCCGUUGCUAGGCUACACUGUCAGCACCCCAGCAGAGACCGACAGCAUUCACAAGGAGUACGUCUUUAAGCUGCAGUUCAAGUCCCAUGUGUACUUCUUCAGGGCUGAGAGCGAGUACACCUUCGAGAGGUGGAUGGAGGUGAUCAAGAGUGCAGCAAGCGCCACAGGCAGAAUGAGUCUCCUGAUACCCAGGGAGCCCCCGGAGACCAAUGGCAACUGAGCAGCUUGCUGGGCGGAGCUUGUGGAGCUGGGGGGCGGGGCCUCACAGACUCUUGGGGGCUGAUGGGUGCGUUUUAGCGUUUUUCUGAGAAACUCUUCUACCAUAGGCACAAGGAUGGGUCGCCAACAGUUUGAAAGACUGUAUCGGACCGGCAGAUUGAACAGUGGCCCCCUUUUAAUUUCUGUAAGCAUGCUUGACCUAUACAGCACACUGUGGAAUUAUCUGGUGGAGUUUCAUCUGAGGUAUGAUGAGUGGCUGUGCAGCUUUACAGUUCUGGCACAUCCACAAAGAUGCAAAAGUACAAAAUCGGUAUCGGAGAGCUAGCCGACAGAAGACUUUGUGCUGUUGAAGAAUAAACCAAGCCUUUAGCUGUAUGAUUCAUCUGAAGGAAAUCUGUUCUGUGCUAAAAUCAUUUUUUAUAUGUAUUUAACUAUGUUGUGGUGGUCAAGGUAUAAAAUAGUUUUAUUAAAGUUUGUAGUGCCAAACAAGAAUAAUAGUUUACUAGAUAAAGACUUGUCAUUUUUAUAAACUUGAAGUCAAUUCUAAUUAAAGCUCAACUGUAGACUGGAAUAUUAAACAUACACAGAAGCAGUUGUGGCGAAAGUACCAUGAAGCUGGCUGAAACUACUCCCAUUUGACACAGUUGUAAUGAUGCACCCCGUAAGCAACAGUGUGUUUUAUGUCACUGUUGCUGAAGGAAAUUUGAAGGGACCAGCUUUUUAAUCUCCUGGUAACAAAUAAAUGACUGCUGUAUAACCACAUUCACUCAGGGAAGGGAUGGAGUAUGAACUCUGGGGGCUGUAGCUUGUCCACAGUUCGAGGAUGGAGGCGGUGCUGUUGGUCUCGAGCCUCGGUUCUGCAGUGUUCCUGGUUUGGCCUAGGCUGCAGUAUGCUGAGUGGUUUCUUACAAGACAGUCUCACGAAGCAAGAAGCGCAGGAAGGGGAUCCUGUGAGGAUCCCCUUGAGAGGGCAUCAGAAAGUGCAGGCAAGUUGGAUGAUGGGUUUUAGGUGAAGAAACAAUGGAGCCAACAUCUUUGAAAAUGGGUCAUAUGUACCCGUGUCGGAGAGCCGUGCUGCUGAAUGAUGUUCAGCGUUGGGGUGGCUCUCAUGUAUUUGUUAUUAAUAGAAUGGGGCAUGAUGUGAUGCCACCGGAGGCUGGUGGCUUUCUGCGAUUUUGGUCAGGCAAGUGUGAGGGUCAGGCUCCAACCCUAAGAGGACCUCGCCCAGUGAGCACUGCCUCUGUCCCGAGCGCUGUACGAGGGGGGAGCGAGGGGGUGUGGGACACAAGCAGGCUUUGUGUGCAUGUUUAAAAGGGGCAACUACAACCUAAUCGCUGCUACAGCUGACCCGUUGAAUACAGUCUGGCAAAGAAUUUGGGUUGUCGUGGUGGAAGAUGAGCAUGGUCAUUGCCGUGCGCGCUCUUGAUGCUGUUGUUCAGAUCUUUCAUGGGGAACUCAACUCUAAAACGUACCUAUGAAGAUGAGAGGAGUGUUUGUGGUAAAACAUGUGCUAUCACAGUAUCAUCUCAUGCCCAUGAAGAAAUGGUUGAAUAGAAAGUGAUAUGAGAUUGACAGUAUAUUCCAGUGUUUUUGACUGGUACAUUAAUAGCAGUUUGCAUCUAACUUUUUAAAACUGAACAGUACUAUACUGUUUUUCCAUCCUAUGUUCCUAAACGUGUUGUAAUGUAAAAAAUCAAAUAAACUGAUGUUUGCACCAGUGCUGCAUUUAAAAUGGUUUGGCAGUAUUUUAACGUUAAGUUAAAAUGUUUGGGAAUGACUUCAUAGAUAUUUUUUCCAACAAAUUUUCACAAAACAAAUGUAUUUGUGAUUUCAUAGAUUUUAAACAUUUGACUUGGAUAUAUUUGGAUAUUUCGGUUAAAAUGGAUUUGGAAAUUUGAUACUUUUUUCAAAAAGCCUUUCCUGUUCAUUUAAUUUAUAUUAUUAUUUAAUUCAGGACAGCAUGGCCAGUUGUAGGCUGGGACAAGCCAGAUUUUGGGCUUGCUGCUGUUCAAAUGAAUAUUACUGGGGGUUUUUUGUAUUGGGGAGUGGAAGUAUAAAUUAAGCUAGAUCCAUAAAAACCAGUCAUGGGAAAAACCUUUUAUUCACAUCCUUUCUUUCUUCAAUGCCAUAAGCUGUCCCAAUAAAGAACAGAGACUAGUAGGUGUUAUGUCAUAUUUUCAACAUUUUCCUGUUCUUGCUCAAUGAGUUAUCUUUUGCUUCUGUGAAAAAGAAGAUUUUAGUCUGCAAGUCCAGCUUUAGUCUCCUAUUCCUUGUUGUGGAUGUGCAGCAGCUCAUUGGGGCCUUGUGUUUGCAGUGUCAGACAAAGCAAUUCAAGACGGACUGCAAAACUAAGGUCGACUAUUCAGUCUGUAGGAUGUUCGAGUUAAAUGGCUCAGAAAAUCUUUAAGUAGUUUGACCUAUAGAUUUUGUUCAAUCCAGUGAAAUACCUUUGUAAAUCCUAUCACCUAAUUUAAAAUUACAAGCAGAAUAUCAUUAAGAAUUUUACCUCACAAUUAGGCCAGUAAUAGUCACUUAUUGCUGCUAUUAAAAUGUUUCUUCUCUUCAGUAGUAUAAUUUAUUUAUAAUGUUGAAAGGUUUAAUCUUGUAUCUUGGAUUGUGCAAAAUUUCCAAAAUGCUUUUUCUAAAACAUUUUUGGGAUUACAGAGAUAGGAUUCUAGGACUUAGUGGGCACAUAUUGUGUUUGAACUGUGCAUACUAAAAUUACGAGUGUAAAAUGCAAGACUUCCUGCAGCAGUUUAGAGUAUAAUUAAUCUUCACUUUAUGUACUCUCCAACAGUAACUAAGGAUACCAAAUGAAUGUUAUAUGAGGGGGAAAGAGACUUUAUUUUAAAAUCUAUUUUUGGAUUCAUUUGUGAUCAAGUCACUGCCCAAACUCAAUUUUACUCUGCCCUAUUUCACCUGUUGUGUUGGUCCAUUAUGCCAAAAACUCCCUGUGCUUUGAAGGAAAGAAUUCUGCUGUCAUUUUUUUAUUUUACCAAAUAAUACAUUUGAAUAAUUUGGUUAUUCCUUAAUAAAAGUGAUUACUAGAUGAAGACCAUUAGAAAAUGUGAGCCUACAUUUGUAUUCAAGUUAAUAAUGAAACAGAAUCUCAAAGCUUUAUGUAGAGUAAUAUGCUUUGCAGAAAUAUAAGGACUUUAAAAGAUCAAGAUAAUGACUUACAGCUGAUUAAAAUCAAAUUAAUAUUUCAUAACAUGAUGUUUUGAUGUGUUAAGGAAAGGCUGGUUAAAAGUUUCUCCGGGGUGGUUUUUAUAUGCUUUACAUUUAAGCUGGUUUUAAGACCCAAUUAAAAACAUUUUUUUUUUUGCAGAAUUAAACUGCAGUUCCUUAAAUAUUUCCUAAGGCUCACUCAGCGCUUAGUAGUUUAUGCAUACGGAUAAAAAGAAGCAUUGACAGUAGCAGAAAUAAUUAGCAAACUUAAGUAAAGGCAAAGUGUGCACAAAUACCAUCAUGUUAAUUGGACAUUUGGGAAUUUGUUAAUAUAGAGAAGUGUUUCCUGGGGAUUUGGCCCGUUUCUUUUGUCCGCGAUACAAGUGGGAUGUUGACCUGUGUAUGAAAAGUCAUUUGAGCUUUUUAGACACAAAGUGUGGCUGUCAGGAGCAGUCUAUAUUUCCCAUUGGAUAAGGGUUUCUGUGCACCUCUUGGCAUAACUGAAAUUGAUGCCAGAAUUCGUUUUCCUCAGUUAUAUUUUUAAAAAUCAGUGUUUUUAAAAAUAUUGCAAUAUGUAAUAAUGGGCAUUGGGUGACUCAUAUGUAGAGAUUUGUAUUGUGGGGGAGUGGUUAUUUUAAGUGGAUUCUCUUUCCUGGCAGUGGGUGUUCAAUUCCCUGGUGCCUAUAUGGGGUUACUGCAGUAGUGUUCAGUAGUCCCUAGUGUGGGGGGGACUCCAUAAAUUACUUUUAAAGUGUUUCUGUGUAAUGACUGGUGUGUCAAAGUUUUGUCUCAUCUUUUUAUGAAGGAGGGGAAUGGGGGUACACUACCUUUUGAGCAUUGUCUUAGAGCUUUUUUUUUUUAAAGAGACUUUAGAUUUACUCAUUAAAACCUUUGAAAAAUGCUUAACUGGAUUUUUGGACAACUUUUUAGGGUUAUAGUGUAAUUUUAAUUUGUCUUUUUUUCCUUUUACUUUUUUUUCCCGUUCAUUGUGUCAGCCUGUGUUUCAAAGUGUCUACAUUCAUCACUGUUUCUAUAUGUGUGCAGAAGAUUUUAUUUAAGUAAACGCAGUAGCCUCCCAGAUGAACUGAUUCCCAUCUUGUUGUAAUCUGACUGCGGGCUUGCUCCUGUGUCAUUCUGUUUACUAUCUGUACCAACUGGAACCCUUCUGUGAUUCCUGGGCUCUCUAGGUUAGUUUGAGUGGCUCUGCAGUGACUCACUAUUCCUCCUCCUUUUAUUUUUGUCAGAGAAAUGUUAACCAGGUUUCAAGCAGCCCCCUCCGUAUUGGAUUUUAAUAAUGUUAUUUCUAUUUAUUGUGUAGCAUGUUGCCGGAGUACCACUCCUGUUAAGAUCUGCAUGUAGUUUUGUUACAUAAUUACAGUGAAAGGAUAACAAAUAAAAUGAACUGACAAAGUUUAAAAAG